AUGUGGUAUAAAUCAACCAUUUCACAUUAUGCAAAGUUGGCUUCUGAUGUUAUCCUUGGAAUGUCAUGGGUAAUAAAAGUCCAAUAUCCAAAAGGUUAUGGCUGCGAAAUCGAUCAUGUUGAUAAAACUAUUAAAAAUGGUAAUAGUGAUGCUAGACAAAUAAAAUUUGAUCAAAGAGAUAAAACAAAAUUGCUAUAA